GCCCCCUUUACACACUUCCUGACUCGAGCAAACAUGGCGCCGUGCGGUUCCACCGUGGCGCUACUUUCCGUGUUUUCUGCCGCUUUUGCGGUCUUUGUUUCGUGUUGUGUGGCGGGCUCCGGUGUCACCUGUCCGGCUGUCUGCCUGGCUGUGGCAGCCGGGAUCCUGUCGAUGUGUUGGCGGAGGCUGCGGCAGCGGGACGCCGCUUCGGACCGGCGGGUCUGCGUCCUGGUGCUGGGGGACAUCGGACGCAGUCCUCGGAUGCAGUAUCACGCUCUGUCCCUCAGCAAACACCGGUACCAGGUCACUUUUGUCGGGUUUUUAGACUCGAAGCCCCAUCAGGACGUGCUGAAGGAGGAGAAGAUCCGGAUAGUCGGCAUCUCAGAGGUUAAAGGUCUUCGAGUCGGACCAAAACUCCUGACCUACGUGACGAAGACGAUGGUCCAGGCGGUGCAGCUGCUUCACGUUCUGCUGUCCAUGGAGCUGCAGGCGCACAUCCUGAUGCAGAAUCCUCCUGGGCUGCCUGGGAUUGCGGUGGCGUGGCUCGUGUGCGUUCUGCGCGGCAGCACCUUCAUCAUCGACUGGCACAACUACAGCUACACCAUCAUGGCUCUGAGCCUCGGAGCGUCGCAUCCUCUGGUCCGACUCGCCAAGCGGUAUGAACACCUGUUCGGCCCUCUGGCCUCCCACAGCCUGUGUGUGACGAACGCCAUGAAGGACGACUUGAAGAAAAACUGGGGCGUCGAGGCAACCACUCUGUACGACCGGCCGGCCUCCAUCUUCAGAGAGACUCCUCUGGAUCUGCAGCACCAACUCUUCCUCAAGAUGGCCGACACUCAGCCACAGUUCAGAGCCUCAGGGUCCGACUCUCGGGAGACGGAGGAGACCGUCUUUACCGUCCGUAACCCGGGCGACGGUGGCGUGACCCUGAGGUCGGACCGGCCGGCUCUGCUGAUCAGCAGCACCAGCUGGACGGAGGACGAAGAUUUCUCCAUCCUGCUGGAUUCUCUGCAAGAGUACGAAGGCUUCAUCGCAGGAGGAGCGCCGCUGCCAUCGCUAGUCUGCGUCAUCACAGGAAAAGGUCCUCAGAAGGAACACUACAAGAAGCUGAUCUCCUCGCUGCGUUUGGAGCGCGUGAAGAUUUGCACGCCGUGGCUGGAGGCCGAGGAUUACCCGCUGCUGCUGGGUUCAGCAGAUCUGGGCGUCUGCCUCCACAAGUCGUCCAGCGGUCUGGACCUGCCCAUGAAGGUGGUGGACAUGUUCGGCUGCUGUCUUCCUGUCUGCGCCGUCCACUUCCACUGCCUGCAGGAGUUGGUGGAGCACGAAGUGAACGGUUUGAUCUUCAGGGACUCUGCAGAACUCGCCCAGCAGCUCAAGUCUCUCCUCUCAGAGUUUCCCAGCUCAGACGGCAGACUGGGAGUUUUCCGGAGGAACCUCCGUGCCAGCAGGGGGCAGCGCUGGGACGAUAACUGGGACCAGAACGUUCUGCCUCUGCUGGCGGCACCCAGAUGAAGAGGAGCUUCAGUCUUCCUGGACUCUGACAGAAACAGAAAAGACUUUAAUCCUGAUUUAUGUGAAUUUGUAAAUAAAAUGUUGAUCCUGCA